GGUCUUAAUUUAUUGGACAAAGGCUGCCCCAAACGACAGCGUCCAUCGCCGGAUCUCUAUCCCGUACUCCGUCGUGGUCUUCAAGCCAUGUACUCCUCCAAUCCUUGAAUCGUUUCAAGAAGCACAAAUGCUGGGAAUUUCUUACGGAGAGCUCUUCCUAUUGAUUGGAGCCACCGCUGCACUUGUUGGGCCAAAGGAUCUUCCAAUUAUUGCCAGAACUCUUGGGAGAUUUGCGGGUCGUUCAAUUGGAUAUGUACAAUUAGCUCGUGGGCAAUUCGAAAAUGUCAUGCACCAGUCCCAAGCUCGCCAGGUUCACAAAGAGCUUCAAGAAACAAUGUCUCAACUUGAGGCGAUUCGCCAUGAAAUUCGAAGCAUAUCUUUUAUGAAUCCUAGUCCUUUGACUCGGAAUUUGAUGGACAAUGCACUUGAUCCCAAUAAUCAUGUUAAUCCUGGUGAGAAUUUGGUUGAGAAGAUUGUGGAAGAGCAGAAGCCAAUAGUGAAGGAUAAUAGUUUCAAAACCUCAACUUCAGUUGAUUUGCAUUCUCAAGCUACUUCCUUUGCGAAAUUGGCCGAAUCUGAAGCUGUUAAGAACAUUUCUUUAAAAGGGAAUUUAGAGAAAGUGAAGUUUGAUGAUGAGGUUGGUCUUUUUGCAAUUUUGCCUGUUUCAGCUGAGUCUGCUGGUUUGCUUCCGAAUCGAAAGGAGAAUAUUAUAAAAGGAUCGGACAUAAUGUUGGAAGCAGAACUUGAAGCAGAAGUUGCUCAUAAUGCCAAAGACUUCUUUUCCCAGCCACAAAAUCAACUACCCUAAAUUCAAAAGACUUAAUAGUCUCCAAUACCAGUAUGAUUCUUACCAAGAAUUCGACAUUGAAAUAACUCAAUAUUAUCCUCAUCAUCAUAAUGUGAAAAGAAGAACACAUCUCCAUUAUGAGGAUCCAUAGUGAGUAUAAUACAAUGGAUCUUCAUAAUCAUUUUAUGACAAUGCACCAUUUUCAGAAACCACUUCAUCAUCUCUGUCCUCAUCAACUAAUUCCCAUUCAUUAAAUUAUAAGAUUGCUUUGUGUCAUCAGCUCAAUGAGAGUAUGCUAGUCGCAAUCCCCCUCGAAUCACUCUCAUACAAGUACCGAUAUUGGGGAUUAACCCUGACGGAAAACUAGUCAGAAGACAUCGCUGCGAAUUCUUCAAAGUCAUUUUAAUAUCAAAGUGUUAUGAUUAUUAUUAUUAUUAUACUUAUUGUUCAAAGAGUAAAGAAUGGAGUAAGUCAAGGUUGGUCUAUUUUGAACAAUUUAAUAAAGACCAUACUUUAAAUAUUGUUUCCAACAAUGGAAUAUUGUAUUGGCUUCAAACCAAGGCAAUGAUUGCAUUUGAUCCUUUUAAUAAAGAUGAAAAUCAUCAUCAUUAUUUCAUUAACAA